GCACCAUAGAUGAUACAGUACUGACGUGGAUGUGAAACGUUUCCGGAUUCCGGUAUUCUGCUUGAAGCUAUCAUAGUAACGAGCAUAUCCGAGGUAAUUUACUAGUUUCCGUAAAUUAGGCAAUUUGUUCCAAAUAAACGCCGAGGGAAAUAUCGAGGUUAUGCCUAGCAGGUGGCACGCAUGCUCAAAUAAUGCAGAGAUGGCUGAGGCUUUGCACAACAUCAACGGAGAAGAUAUUGAUAUUGCAAGUCUUUCUUCAAGCGAGAGCAGUAGUGAUGAAUUUGAGGAGGUAGAAUUAGUGGAGGAACUAGUGCAAGAUAUCAUUGGCAGUAAGCACGAGAUGAUACUAGUGCCGGUGUCCAAAACCAAAUCAGCACUCAAUGCUAGCAGUUGUAGCAUGCAGACAGAUGGAGCUCAGAAGGCAGUUGAAGUACAAAAGCAGUACUACUGUGAGACAUUUUUGUUGUGUGUUCAAACCUUAAAACAGGAAGAACUAAUCAAGCGUUCUCCCAAAGGUAAACGUAUUUCGGUCAUUUUGGAUGCCAUCGAGCAAUUGGUUGUUGAGAGGAAAUGUGAGAGAUAUGUUACAGAGUUGGUUCAGAUAAUGAACACAUGCCUAAGUGCAAGUCAAAUUCACCAUUUGCCAGCUGCUGUUCGAGGUAAAAUUUGGACGGAGUUUCACCGCACACGUUGUAGCCCCGAAACAAAAAGGAUUUGGGAACAUUUAAUCAGUGAAAUCCCAGAAGCACACUUCGAGCAACAUCAACUUGCCAUGCAACUCCUUUUAGACCGGAUUUUAAAGCAACUCAUCAAGAGCAAGGCAGACAAGAAACUGUAUGGUUUGAGCUCAACACAGGCAAACGUACAGACUCAACCACUGACAACGCUUGAAAGUAACGCAGUAAGGUAUAUGGCGGGAUAUGUUGCUGUUAGUUUGCUAAAGAAAUACAGAAAACCAUCAAAAAAUAUCAAGGUACAGGAGAAGAGGAGUCUCUUUGUCAAAGUUCUCUCCCAAAUGAAGUGUACUAAUCAACCUGGUGAACCGACUACUGCAUAUGAAUACAGCAAGCUUUGGUCUGAAUUGAUCGACAGAGGUGGUUUGUAUCAUAUCAAUGACAAGGUGUUUCUGUGCAUAGAGUCGAUUGAGAUGGUUGUACGAAAGUAUCUAUGCACAGACACCCUCAAAACAACUCCUGAUCACAGUCAGAUAUGUACAAAGGUACAAGACGAAGUACUUCAGUCGGACACAGUGCUGCUGUAUUGGGAAGAAAUUGCUAAUUCAAUUCCUACCAAGUACGAGCUAUACAGCAUUGAACUAUUGCAGCAGAUAUGUGAACUGUGGAUACACAUCCGUGGACACGCUUUCGCAAAAGAAUGGACAAUGAAAUUCGAGUCUAAGUACAAGAAAGGAACCAGAAAAACUUUAAAGCCAAAACAAUAACGAUCUUAAUUAAUUUUCUCAAUACAAUAAUCAUAAUAAUAAUAUUAUGUGUUGUGGAAGUCAUAAUUUAAUGUUGAUGAUCAUGAUGAUAAUUAUUCUAA